GGGGAGCUCCUCGCUCACAGGCGAAGAGCAGCGCACACAGCGGCGAGGGAACCCGGAGGAGGGAGUCACGGAGGACAGUGGCCAUGGACCUGGUCCCAAGCUUUUCCAUAGAAACGUGGGUUCUCCUGGCUACCAGCCUGGCGCUGCUCUAUCUAUACGGGACUUAUUCACAUGGAUUUUUUAAGAAGCUGGAGAUUCCUGGGCCGAGACCUCUGCCUUAUUUUGGAAACGUCCUGGCCUACCGAAAGGGUUUUUGGGCUUUUGACAGUAAAUGUUUUAAAAAGUAUGGAAAAAUAUGGGGGAUUUAUGACGGUCGACAGCCUGUGUUGGCGAUCACAGAUCCAGACAUGAUUAAAACAGUACUAGUGAAAGAAUGUUAUUCUGUCUUCACAAAUCGGAGGUUCAUUGGCCCAAGGGGAAUUAUGAAAUCUGCCAUGUCUGUGGCUGAGGAUGAACAAUGGAAGAGAGUACGAACACUGCUGUCUCCAACCUUCACCAGUGGAAAGCUCAAGGAGAUGUUCCCCAUCAUUGGUCAGUAUGGAGAUGUGUUGGUGAGAAAUAUGAGGAAGGAAGCAGAGAAAGGCAACCCCGUCACCAUGAAGGACAUCUUUGGGGCCUACAGCAUGGAUGUGAUUACCAGCACAGCAUUUGGAGUGAACGUUGAUUCCCUCAACAACCCACAGGAUCCUUUUGUAGAAAAUUCCAAGAAACUUUUAAGAUUUAAUUUCCUUGAUCCAUUCCUUCUCACAAUAAUAUUCUUUCCAUUCCUCACCCCGGUCUGUGAAGCAUUAAAUAUUUCUCUGUUUCCAAGAAGUGUUGUGAAUUUUUUCACAAAGUCCGUAAAAAGAAUGAAAGAAAAUCGCCUCAAAGAUAAACAAAAGCACCGAGUGGAUUUUCUCCAGCUGAUGAUUAACUCCCAGAAUUCCAAAGAAACGGGCACGCAUAAAGCUUUGACUGAAAUCUUACUCUGACGGCUGCAAAAUGAU